UAUUGCUGCUAUUAGUGUUUACUGUCCAAAUUAAAAGCCCGUCAAAGGCAUAUGAAAUCAUGCAAAGGAUCCGAGCCCAUCCAAAUGAUGUUCAGCGGGAUAAACCCAAGUAGCUCUGGCCCAUGAUCCAAGAGACCCGAAACUAGUUAAUCAUGCUAUCCUUACCUUCUAACCAAUCGGCCAAUCACGCUAUCCUUACCUUUCAACCAACCCCUUCGAUUCAGUUUCUGCAGCAGUAUAAAAUCUCGGACCCGAUGGAUGCCUACAGAAAAAUUUGUUUUCCAGCAGUGAUGGCAAGAAUCCGCGAAAUAAUGUUCUUUCUCCUUUUUGUGUUCUUUCUGAAUGGAGCUACGCGAGGGAAAGCUCAGCUUUCUACCCUGCCGCAAAAGGGGGCCGCUUUCUUCCCCCCAAAAAUGCCAGUUCCGCGCGCCGUCAGGGCCUAGCAAGAAGCAUAAUUCUGUUCCAAAGCUUCGUUUCAUUCCAGCAACAGUAGUCUAUGGUUCGAAGCGCCGUGUUCCAUCCGGCGCGAAUCCUCUCUAUAACUAGUAUAGUGGAGGUCUUACUUGUAUUGCAAUAAUGAAAAAAUGUACGAACACAAAGCAAGUCAGUAUAAGUCAGAAAAUGUACUGACUUCUUGUGAAUUCGAACUAUAGACUACUGUUGCUGGAAUGAAACGAAGCUUUGGAACAUAAUUAUGCUUCUUGAUAGGCCCUGACGACGGAACUGGCAUUUUUGGGGGGAAGAAAGCGGCCCCCUUUUGCGGCAGAGUAGAAAGCUGAGCUUUCCCUCGCGUAGCUCCAUUCAGAAAGAACACAAAAAGGAGAAAGAACAUUAUUUCGCGGAUUCUUGCCAUCACUGCUGGAAAACAAAUUUUUCUGUAGGCAUCCAUCGGGUCCGAGAUUUUAUACUGCUGCAGAAACUGAAUCGAAGGGGUUGGUUGAAAGGUCAGUUAGCAUGUUGCAGAUUUUCUGAUCCUGUUCUAGAAGCUGUGUAAGAAACUCUUCGGCAUUCUUCUGGAAGUCUGAUGGUGGAGAGUGGAGGACUUCAUCGAGCAAUGCUAUGCUGUUCCAGAUGCAAAAUCGGAUGAUUUCAAGCAGCGUUUUGUUAGGCAAAUCGAGGAACAGGUGUAUGAAGACAGGGCUACUCUUCAAGAGUUGAAGAGAUGUUUUGAUGGAUUGCAGGUUGGCCU